UUCCCCACCCCUCCCAAUCCCUAAAGCCAAACAAGCCAUUCCGACAAUAGUCCUCUGCCUGGCCCAUCGUUUCUACAGAGAUGGCUGUAGGGCUUCGACCGUUCACGCAGAGAACCGGCGACGGCGCCGGAGAACCAGUCCUCAACACUGACAGCGGUGAGGAGCUCAUGCACGUCCAGCCGGGCGUCUCCAUCGUCCUCGCCAAUCGCCCUCCCGAGUCCCCCGGAACUCUCUACAUCUCCACGCAGCAAGUGAUUUGGUUGAACGAUAUUGACCGUAACAGAGGUUAUGCUGUCGAUUUUCUGUCAUUGUCCCUUCAUGCAGUUUCUAGGGAUCCUGAAGCCUAUCCUUCCCCCUGCAUAUAUACUCAGAUUGAAACUGGAGACGAUGAAGAUGAAUCUGAUAGCUCGGAUUCAGAGCCCACUGAAACGUUAGACUUAUCCAAGAUAAAAGAGAUCAGGCUUGUUCCUUCAGAUCCAAACCAACUGGAUACUCUCUUUGAUAUUUUCUGCGAGUGCGCUGAGCUGAAUCCGGAACCAUGUGAUGAAGAAGGGGAAGCAGAGGGCCACAAUUGGGUUUUUAGUGCUGAUCAAAUGGAUGAUGCGGCCGGAGAUGCAGAAGAUGCUGCCGACCAUUUCUCAGCCAAUCCAAUCAGUGGAAUCGGUUACUCAAAUGGUGAUCAUGACCUUGUACAAAAUGUGCUUCAGCUUCAGAUUGAUGAUCAGCGCUUCGAGGAUGCGGAAGAGAUGGAACGUGAGACCAACAGCAGUCACCACUGAUCUUUUCUGAGCAUAUAUUAGUAGAAACUCCCGUAUAUGGAACCAAUCACUUUAAGCCGGCAGCCCCGGCCUUUUUCCGUUUUUUAGGAAAGCUGCACCUGCAAGGUCCUUGUUGUCCUAGCUAGUUCUGUAUACUGAAUGAGUGUUGUUGAACUCAACAUUGUCCUGCUUGAAUUACUGAGAGCGCCUUGAGUGAUUAAGGGAUAGUUGAGUGUACUUUUGGUCCUUUCAAACUAUUCAUUUCACCCAUGUUAUUUUCUAUUCUUUUUGUUGC